CGAAUAAGCAUUGAGCAGCAUAUUUCUGUAUCAACCUUGCAAAAAGAUCACAGAAUCUAUAUUUUUUCACGAGGAAAUUGGAAGAACCUGGUGUUUUAGGUUAUUUAACGGAAAAUCGUUCAAAUUUAAGUUUUGAAAAAGGAACUCUUUUAAUCAUGGAGUGUGACCCUGUAGUUGAAAAACAUUACAAAGGGCACAAUGGUACAAUAACUGGAUUAUCAUUUCAUCCUGAGACAACAAAAAUUGUAUCAAGCAAUCUUGACAAAACGUUGAUGGUGUGGAGUAUUGCUGAUUCAACAAGAGCUUAUCGGUUUCAUGCUCAUAAGGAUGAAGUGUUAGACGUUGAUUAUGCUCCUUCCGGAGAAGUGUUCGCGAGUGCUUCAAAAGACAGAACUGUAAGAAUAUGGGUUCCAAAAGUUAGAGGGGAAUCUUUGGAUUUUAUAGCUCACCAUGGAGCUGUAAGAUCUGUGCAAUUUAUUGCAGAUGGUAGCAAGCUAGUGACAUCUUCAGAUGACAAAAUUGUAAAAUUGUGGAUGGUCUGUCAAAGGCGAUUUUUGAUGUCAUUCACUGGCCAUACAAAUUGGGUAAGAUGUGCCAAAUUUUCUCCUGAUGGAAAGCUGAUAGCAUCUUGCAGUGAUGAUAAGACUGUUAAAAUCUGGGAUAUUGCAAGUAAUACUUGUAUAAAAACAUUUACUGAAAUGAAAGCAUCAUUUCUGGACGUUGAAUUUCAUCCUAAUGGGUUAGCUGUUGGUGCAGCUAAUACAGAUGGUUGUAUAAAAAUUUAUGACUUAAAAACAGGCAAUUUGCAGCAGUGCUAUGAUGCGCAUGAAGGACCAGUUAAUAAAGCAAGAUUUCACCCCAAUGGAAAGUUUAUGUUAACUGCUUCACAAGAUUAUACUCUAAAGGUGUUGGACUUACUAGAAGGUAGACCAAUUUAUACACUUAAAGGACAUGCAAAUGGUGUUACUGCGAUAACGUUUUCCAAAAAUGGAGAUUAUUUCGCAUCUGGUAGCUCUGAUCGCCAACUUUUUGUGUGGAAAUCUAACUUUGAUAAAGGUGAAAGACCCAUAUUUCAAAGUGAAAAACUUAUACCACUUGACACUAAAUUAAAAUUACAGAAUGCAACCCUUGAUACCUGUGAGAUUGUGAAUGACGUGAGCUCUGAAGACAUUAAUAAUCGAUCACAGCUCUUAAAAAGGGAAAUUAAAUCUAUGCUAUCUACCUGUAAAAAUGACUCUUUUAGAAAAUCAAGCAAAUUAAGCAGAAGAGAUAGUAUAAAAGCUCUCAAAGAAGAAAUUGCAAUGCUGCAUGAUACUGUAUCAAAUCUGGAGCUACAAUUAAGUUUAGUUGAGGAUGAGUAUAAAAAAUGAAA